GGCCGCGCAGUGGUAACCGCUGACCGCCGCCUCAUCCGCCGCGCCCCGCGCCAGUCGGGCAGGCUUUGUCAUCGGACGCUCAUGUCGUUCACGUCGGUCUCUCCCGCCCUCCCGGGCGCUCCCACGUCGAAAAUGGCCAAUCCGACACGUACUCCGUCUCAAGACGAAGUAACAUACUUCUACAUUGGUCUUGGCCUAGCGAUUGGUUCGACCAUCUUUAUUGGAAGCAGCUUUAUUAUCAAGAAAAAAGCUUUGAUUCACAUAAACAGGGCAGGUGGAGUCCGCGCUGGAGCUGGUGGAUUCGGUUAUUUGAAGGAUUGGAUGUGGUGGGCUGGACUGAUUACAAUGGGUGUUGGAGAAGCCUGUAACUUUGCAGCAUACGCAUUUGCUCCCGCUGCUCUCGUAACUCCUCUUGGGGCUCUAAGCGUCUUGGUGUCAGCUGUUCUUGCAUCACAUUUUUUAAAUGAGAAACUUAACUUGUUAGGCAAGCUCGGCUGCUUUUUGUGUAUCCUGGGCUCAACUGUGAUUGUGAUUCAUGCACCUCAUGAAGAAGAAGUUGAAAGUCUUGACAUGCUGGUUGAAAAGCUUCAAGAACCUAGUUUUUUAGUAUAUGAAGUCCUCAUUAUUAUCUUGGCAUUUGUGCUAGCUUGCUACAUUGGUCCCAAAUAUGGCCACAGAUAUGUGGUGGUUUACGUCCUCCUUUGUGCCUCUGUUGGCUCUGUCACAGUAUUAGGGUGCAAAGGCCUCGGACUGGCACUGAAAGAAGCAAUAUUGGGUCAGGGUAACCUUCAUCUAGCCAGUUGGCUCACAUUUACUCUACUAGUAAUUGUGGUCAUAUGCAUUAUGGUUCAGAUGAACUACCUAAAUCGAGCACUGGAUCUCUUCAACACAGGCAUUGUUACACCUGUGUAUUAUGUACUAUUUACAACUUUUGUUGUCCUAGCCUCAGCUCUGCUCUUUAGGGAGUGGGAAAAUAUGUCUGCUGUUGACUUUCUGGGAAGUGCUUGUGGAUUUUUGAUUGUCAUAGUAUCAAUUAUUCUUCUCAAUACUUUCAAGGACAUGGAUGUUUCUGUCUUGGAAGUAAAAGGGAUGAUGAAACCUAAACGGGAGCUAUUAUCCUCUGGACGUUCAUUCCAUACUGUGCAUUUGAAGGAAGAUGACCCCAUCAGUCGCCAAGGCAUCAGUAAGAAGUCAUCCUAUGGCAGUGAUUUCAGCAAUACAAUUUGAUGAUGCUCACUUGUGUUUUGAAAGGAUGAAUGUUUCCGUCCAGUUCAGCACAGUACUCUGAAGCAGAUAGAAAAGACUCAAUACCAGGUGCAGGUGUUUAGAUUUUAAUAAUUUGUAUUUUUUUGACGUAGUUCAGCUUUUUGCUUUAAUUUCUCACCUUUGUAAACAAAAUGUAGAAGUUUCUUUGUAGCAUCUUGGCACCCUUCCGUUCAUGUACUGAGUAUUAUUAAUGAUUAAUACUCAAUGUAGAUAGUAAGUACUUCUUGUUCAAUAAUUUUCAUUGUUAUGUCUGAAAUUGCUUUGAAGACUGCAUCAUGGACAGUAUUAAAUUGAGGAACACACAAUGUACUUAUAAUUUACAUGAGUAAGAUCCUAGUGUAUGUCAGAUCUGAUAUUUUUAUAACAACUAAUUUGGAAUUUACUUAACAUUGAAGACUGUAAUUAAUGGAUUAUUAUAAUCUGUCUAGUCUUCUGUACCAAAGUACAGAAUGUAAUUGUCUAUUAUUUUUUACAAUAUUU